ACAGCGCCUUAAGAUCCAACUUCCUCAUUUUCCCGCCAUUAUCUCUAUCACGUUCAAGCAAAAAUGGUUGCUGAAAAUCCAAAUCCUUUCCGAGCUUUGAUCCAAACAGUUGAAAUAUUCUCGAAUCGUGUUCAAACCCACCUCGCCAGUUUCACCCAACAGGUUCAUCAUUCAUCACCCACCAAGAAAAACCCUCUCAUAUCUCUUUCAUCGUCAGUAAACGCUGACUCCCCGACCACCGCUACCAAUCUUCCCAUCAAGAAGCCAGCUGCACCGGUGACUAAAGAAGAACUUGGGAGAGCUACUUGGACUUUUCUUCACACUCUUGCCGCUCAGUAUCCUGAAAAUCCAACAAGGCAACAAAAGAAGGAUGUGAAAGAGCUGAUGUCGAUAUUAUCCAGAAUGUACCCCUGCAAGGAAUGUGCAGAUCAUUUUAAAGAAGUUUUGAGAGGGAACCCUGUAAUGGCCGGAUCUCAUGACGAGUUUUCCCAAUGGCUCUGUCAUGUUCACAAUGUUGUUAACAGAAGCCUCGGAAAAUCAAUAUUCCGCUGCGAGCGAGUGGAUGCGAGGUGGGGCAAGCUGGAUUGCGAGCAGCGUGCCUGCGAUUUGCAAGGAAUGACGACAAAGCAUGUCGAUCUAUGAAUAGAUAGACAUAUUAGAAGAGCAGUAGUGGCCUGAAACCUGCCUUAUUUAUUUGUUUUUCAGUGUCGAGUCGACGACUGACAGCACGAAGCAGAGGGAAAGGAAGAGGGGGUGGGAGAGAUCAAUCA